CCCAAAUAUGUCAUCAAAGUUGCAUGUCGCCAAGAGUAUGGAUAACCGUCACGUGACAACAGCUGACCAUGGCAGUAGCCGUAUGACCGACUCGGCCAGACAGCCGACCAAUCGCCUCGUGUUAUCAGAUCUACUUUUAUUUACCCGUGUUGUGUAGACGCUACACAGUAGCACGAGUCGAAAGGUUCUAUAGCUCAGUGUGUCAACAUUGGCUUCUUGAUUCCUUCAAACCUUCCUGACCAGUAAGUACUUUGAUCAGUUAGUACUUUGAGCAAUAAGUACUUUGACCACUAAGCACUUUGUCCAAUAAGUACUUUGACCAGUAACUACUUUGACCAAUAAGUCCUUUGACCAGUAACUACUUUGACUUUAGUAAGUCGUAAAAAAAGUACUUAACCAAAUAAGCACUUUGACCAGUAAGUACUGUGACAAGUAAGUAGCUGAGAAAAGUAAGUAGCUCUGACAAAUAAAUAAUGUGAAUAGUAAGUAAUGUGACCAGCAAGUACUGUUAAUAAUAAGUACCAUGGAUAAAUAUGUAUGUAAAAAAAAGGAAACACUGUUACUGCCGUGAGUAACAUGAAUUUAUAUCACGUAAUUUAAUCUUUCACCCAUAAAUAGUUUGGGGUGGGAGGGAGGUGGGGGGCAGGGUUGCCAAAAUUUAGGAACAAGCCGCUCACAUUUGGCAUGCAAGGAAUUUCUCCCUAAAAUUCCUUUAAACUCUAGGAUGUCCGUAAAAAAAUGGACGCUGUCCUUCAUGGAGGAAAAAAAAAUGUCGUCUUUUUUGCAGGUCAUGUUGAUAUUGCUGUUGAUCGCGUGUCUGGCCACCCUGACAGUCCAUGGCAUGUCAAAUAAGCUAAACUCCGGUGUUUAUAAUGGUUACUAUAGUUACCGCCUGUCCUAUGAGCCUUAUACCGCCACAUUCAACGAGUUCCGAAAAGUUUUUGGUAAGUCGAAAUUUGAAUCGUUUUUUUUUUUUGUUGUUUUUUUUUUAAAUUAACCGAAGAUAAAUUGUCAACUUGAAACCUACAGCUGUGCAUGUUGUCCGUCACACUAUCAGCCCAGUGUGCAUUUACUACAUUACUAGUUUUCAACGCAGACCUACCUGACCUGAAUGAUAUCAGCCAUAGGUGGAUGUAAAACGUGUGUAUGUUGCUAAUCCUACAGGCAAGACCUACCAGACCCACUCCCAGUUCAAUGAAAGCUACAACACCUUCAUUGAAAACAUCAAGAAAAUUGAAGAGCACAACCUCAAGUUCCACAAUGGACAAGUCUCGUAUUUCCUUGGCGUUAACCAGUUCACCGACUUGGUACGUUAUCUCCCUUGGCGUUAACCGCUUCACUAACUUAGUAAGUUGAGUUAUUUCCCUUGGUGGAAGCAAAUUCAUUGACUUUGGUGAGUUGAGUUUAAUCCUUGUUUCCAACAGGUUCACUUUCAAGACGAUUGGAGUUUUAACCCUUUGUGUUAACAAUAUUAGCCUCAGUGGGAAAAUCUAAGCAUCAGUUUUCUGUAAAUUCAUUUGGUUAUUCUGAUAACUAACAAGAAAAGUUAACACCCCACUCCACCCUCUUUCCACCCUCCACACACAGGUUUUCAUUUUUUAUAUUUUUUUAAAGAAUAAUUUACCUCAGGGGAGUCAACCCGCUUCCUCAUGCGGCAAGUCAGAUUAAAUAUUUUUCUCGAUGGCUGCCAUACAAACUAUUUCUUCAUUCAAUCAGCCAUUUAUUUUCAUUCUUGGCAAAAACUCAUUUUUUUUUAAAUUAAAGAAAGCAAAUUUUGUGAAGGUUUGCACAAUUUCAAUGUACCUGGCCCUUUUGGGCUGAUUUAAAAAAAAAAUAAAAAAAUAAAAGAGAUAUCUCACAUUAGACAUCUCAAAUCUUAAAUUAAAAUUCUAUAACAAUGUAACUAUUAAGUAACUACUAAAAUUGAAGCAUUUAUAUAAAAAACAGGCUUAGGAAACUUAAAUCACUACUAGCAUUUCUUCAGUUGAUCUCUGGUUAAUUGUAGAGUUUUAUAAAACUACUAGCAUUUCUUCAGUUGAUCUCUGCUUAGUUGUAGAGUUUUAUAAAACUAGUAUCAAGUAUGUGCCAAAAUGGAUAAUCGAAUUUUGAAAUUAACACCCAAAAAUCUGGGGUCUACAGAUUUUGGUGGCUGUUCCCGAAACCCCCCCCCCCCAAACCACCUCACCAUUGUCGAUUAAAGUGAUUCAAUGACGAGCAACUACUGACAAUAUGCACUGUAUAUAAUAUAUAAAAGAGCUAUAUUUCGAUUUAAAUCUAUUCAAUUUAUUUAUAUGUGUGUCGGCAUGAGUAGAUGUGUUAUCAUCUGAUAAUUGUGUGCAGUAAAAAUAAAUAAAUGAUUAUUUUUGUACAUCGUUUUUUGGGGUAUUUAUUUUAUUGACAGGCCAGUGAAGAGUUAACUAGUUAUCAAAGUAAUGUAUCAUGUAAAUCGUGGGGGGUGGAAGGGGGGGGGGGCAACCCGCAUAGCUUUAUGGGCCACUUAGUCAAAGUGGCCUUAGUCAAAGUGGCCUUAGUCAAAGUGGCCUUAGUCAAAGUGGCCUUAGUCAAAGUGGCCUUAGUCAAAGUGGCCCGUAAAGAUGUGUGGGUUUCCUACCGAUGAUUUAAAUGAUGCAUUCAUUAUCUACUAUCAUCUAUCAUCUAUCAUCUAUCAUCUAUCAUCUAUCAUCUAUCAUCUAUCAUCUAUCAUCUAUCAUCUAUCAUCUAUCCUAAGUUGUUUUGUUGGUUGUUGUUUUUUUUCGUUUUUUUCUAUCAAAAGAGAUGAUACACAUUUUUUUUUUCUUUCUGGCUAAAUUUAAAAAUCUAUUUUUAUUGUGGUGUCCAUUUAUGAAGUCAUUUUGUCUAUGGUGCGCCAUCAUCCUUUAUUAAACGACCACCAUCCUCUGGUGCGCCAUCAUCCUUUAUUAAACUACCCCCAUCCUCUACCAAAUGACGCAUCUAAGAUGUUGAAAUUCACACAAUAUAAUUUUGCUCCAUAAAAAUCUGGUACCUUAUUUUUUAUCCAGACUUUAGACGAAUAUCACCGGCUCAACCACUUGGGCAAAUAUUCCACUGUCAAAUCUCGAGCUGUGACCAAAUGUUUCAUCUACGAACCCAAGAACUCCGCCCCUGAUGCCAUUGACUGGAGAACAAGAGGAGCAGUGACCGCUGUCAAGAACCAGGGCCAUUGUGGCAGUUGUUGGGCAUUCAGUGUUGUGAGUUUAGGACCUUCUCUUUGACAUCAGCAUCUGUAUCUGUCCAUUACUGUUUAUGACUGAGCGAUACCAACGAUGUUUGUAAAUAUACCUUCAAUAUUAUUUUUGAUUGUAGGUCUUUACAUCAUGAACCAGAUAAAAAGCAAUACAGUCUGAAUAUAAUUAUAUGACACAUAUUUAAAUGCAUCCAUCAAUCCCUGUGGCGCUACAGCCCAUGUAGGGCUUUGGCCUGCCUCACUACUUCCUUCCACUCAGCCCUAACUAAUGCUUUUCUUUUCCAUGCUUGGAUUCCCAGUUGUUUUAGAUCUUUUUCCACAUCAUCUAUCCACCAUACAAUUAUUUUCGUUGCUUCUUCAAUAAUAUGUGUUUUCAAAUGGUCUUAGACGACCCUUGUGUAAGGGUCGUUUGACCCCCAAAGGGGUCGCUGCCCACAGGUUGAGAACCACUACUUUAAAGGAACACCAUUGAGAAGGCCUACUGGGUCAAUACGUGUAGUGGUUAAAAAGACACAAAGCACAUCCAGAAUUAGAGAAUUGACUUGAUUCUUCUGAGAACAGAUUGGCUUAAAGGCAUCCUUAAAUAUAAUUAGUUGAAUUAAUCUAAUUAUAGCACCUCAUAUCUAACUUAGAUAAUAUAAUUCUUAAAACUGAUUAAUAUUAUUUUUUUUUAUUCAUUGCUAUUAUGUUCAAAUAAUUAAAUGCCCCAUUUGAUUUUUCAGACAGGUACCAUUGAGGGUCAAAACUUUAGGAACACCGGAAAACUCCUUUCAUUCAGCGAACAGCAAAUUUUAGACUGUUGCCACGACGACGGCUGUGGUGGCUGCAAUGGCGGAUACAUGGACUAUGUCUAUAGGUAUAUCAACAAAACUGGUGGGCUGGAGCUGGAGUCGGAGUACCCCUACAGGGCCGAGGUUCGUUUUGAAGAAGAGAGGACGGGGGUGAAGAGGGUGUUUUUGGAGUGAAGUUUUGGUUUAGGGAUAUAAAUAUUGUGUUGUUGUUUUUUUGUAUAUUUUGAUUUUUGGCAAACCAGUUGUGUAGUUUUUGGAAUCUGGGUUAAAUAAACAGUUUAUUUUAUCAGCAUUAGUAAUUGUUCCGCUCAGCAAUGUCAGAUUGACUUGAUAUUUUAUACAAUUUUAAGCAAUAGUAAAUUGUUUAUUUAUUCUUAAAACUGUUUUCACUUUGAUGAAGCAUUUUUAGUCCCAGAAUUUAACCUAUACUUUUAGAGUACACGGAAAAAGCAACGUAGUAUUUCAAUCUUUGAGACAGUUAUCUAUUUUUUUUAAAAUGACCUCUUCCCGCUCACUUACUGUUACCAAAACAAAAAGUAUAUUUUCAUCAGCUGACAAAUCAAGCGAGUAUAAGUGACCACAUUAUUUACAGGCCACAGCAUGUUCAAGGUUUUUAAAAGUAUUUAACUUAUUAAAAAGCUUCUCCAAAAUUUUGGAUUUUAAAAAAUAAUCUUCUUUAAAGAUAAAAAAUAAUGAACUGGAUUAUAUAUAUAUAUAUUUUUUUUUAAAAUUUUAACAACCGGUUAUUGGUUCCCAAAUCAGCUUGCAUUAUAUUACCACCAUAUUGUUGAUGAUGUGGGACAGUGUUAAUAUUAAUGGGCCACUGUGUUGUUGGUCAUGUGGGACCGGGUUAAUAUUAAUGAGCCACUGUGAUGUUGGUCAUGUGGGGCUGUGUUAAUAUUAAUGAGCGAUCGUGUUGUUGGUCAUGUGGGGCUGUGUUAGUAUUAAUGGGCCAUCGUGUUGUUGGUCAUGUGGGACUGUGUUAAUAUUAAUGCGCCAUCGUGUUGUUGGUCAUGUGGGACUGUGUUAGUAUUAAUGGGCCAUCAUGUUGUUGGUCAUGUGGGACUGUGUUAAUAUUAAUGGGUCAUCAUGUUGUUGGUCAUGUGGGGCGGUGUUAACAUUAAUGGGUCAUCAUGUUGUUGGUCAUGUGGGGCUGUGUUAGUAUUAAUGGGCCAUCGUGUUGUUGGUCAUGUGGGACUGUGUUAAUAUUAAUGCGCCAUCGUGUUGUUGGUCAUGUGGGACUGUGUUAGUAUUAAUGGGCCAUCAUGUUGUUGGUCAUGUGGGACUGUGUUAAUAUUAAUGGGUCAUCAUGUUGUUGGUCAUGUGGGGCGGUGUUAACAUUAAUGGGCCAUCGUGUUGUUGGUCAUAAGACGCAUUAACCUUGGAUGGCAACUCAUCUAAGAGAAGGCAAACUCUGAAAUAAAACCCAGGGAAUGUGGACCAUUUGCUUGAUUAUCAUUGUUGCAACAAAGCCAAGACAUGUGAAAUGAAUGAAAAUAAGAAUAAAUACAUGUGGUUAUAAUAUGUGUCCAUAUUCUUGAGAACAUCUUCUUAAUCAAAGAUUAAAGAAAUAAUUUGUUUGUAAAAAUGUACAACACUUUUUUAAUUUAUUUAUUUGAUAUUGAUCUGCUAACAUAAUGUAAGUCAUUUAAGCAUCCACUUACAUAAUUUAAGUUCUUAAAGCAUCCACCUACAUAAUGUAACUUGUUUAAACAUUCACCAGCAUAAUGUAAGUUGUGUAAGCAUCCACCUACAUAAUGUAAGUUGUGUAAGCAUCCACCUAAAUAAUCUGAGUUGUGUAAGCAUUCACCUACAUAAUCUGAGUUUUGUAAGCAUCCACAUACAUAAUGUAAGUUAUUUAAGCAUCCACCUACAAAAUCUAAGUUGUGUAAGCAUCCACAUACAUAAUGCAAGUUGUGUAAGCAUCCACCUACAUAAUGCAAGUUGUGUAAGCAUCCACAUAAAUAAUGUAAGGUGGGUAAGCAUUCACCUAUAUAAUGUAAGGUGGGUAAGCAUUCACCUAUAUAAUGUAAGGUGGGUAAGCAUUCACAUACAUAAUGUAAGUUGUGUAAGCAUCCACAUGAAUAAUGUAAGGUGUGUAAGCAUCCACCUUCAUAAUGUAAGGUGGGUAAGCAUUCACCUAUAUAAUGUAAGUCGUUUAAACAUGUGCAAACAUAAUGUAAGUUUAAGGGGUUUUUUUUUACCCAGGGGCAUUAUUUCAGGUUUUUACGGGGGGGGGGGGCAAGGGGAACCUAAACUUGUUCAGGUUGUUUUUUACGGGAGGCGCCAAAGUAUAUAGAAAUUUAAAUAAAUUCAGAGGGUGGCAAUUUUCCCACCCUGCCUUACCCAAAUUAAGGUGGGUAAGCAUUAACUUAUAUAAUGUAAGUCGUUUAAAAAUGUGCAAACAUAAUGUAAGUUUAAGGGGUUUUUUUUUACCCAGGGGCAUUAUUUCAGGUUUUUACGGGGGGGGGGGCAAGGGGAACCUAAACUUGUUCAGGUUGUUUAUUACUGGAGGCGCCAAAGUAUAUAGAAAUUUAAAUAAAUUCAGAGGGUGGCAAUUUUCCCACCCUGCCUUACCCAAAUGACAUCCCUAUUUCUAACCGGUCAAUAUUUCGCUUUUUCUAAUGUGAUACUUUUUGCCAGGAGGACACGUGCCACUUUGAUAGAUCUUCAGUGAGGGUGAAGGUCACCAACUGUCUGGAUAUUAAAACUGGCAAUGAGUAUCACCUCAAGGACGCUCUAGGCAAUGUUGGACCGGUGUCUGUUGCGAUCGAUGCCAGUCAUCCCAGCUUCAAAUCAUAUGCUGGAGGUCAGUAAACUGUAGAAAUUUACUGGAGGUCAGUAGAAAUAGACAUUUACUGAAGGUCGGUAAAAGUAGACAUUUACUGGAGGUCAUUAGAAGGAGACAUUUACUGGAGGUCAGUGCAAAUGGACAUUUACUGGAGCUCAGUAGAAAUAGAUAUUUACUGGAGGUCAGUAGAAGCAGACAUUUACUUCAGGUCAGUGGAAAUAGACAUUUACUGGAGGUCAGAAGAAAUAUACAAUAACUGGGGGUCAAAAGAAAUAGACAAAAAUCUUGUCAUUGCCUUCCAUGAUCGUUGUUGUAAUUGUCAUUGCCUUCCAUGAUCGUUGUUAUAAUUGUCAUUGCCUUCCAUGAUCGUUGUUGUAAUUGUCAUUGCCUUCCAUGAUCGUUGUUAUAAUUGUCAUUGCCUUCCAUGAUCGUUGUUAUAAUUGUCAUUGCCUUCCAUGAUCGUUGUUAUAAUUGUCAUUGCCUUCCAUGAUCGUUGUUAUAAUUGUCAUUGCCUUCCAUGAUCGUUGUUAUAAUUGUCAUUGCCUUCCAUGAUCGUUGUUAUAAUUGUCAUUGCCUUCCAUGAUCGUUGUUAUAAUUGUCAUUGCCUUCCAUGAUCGUUGUUAUAAUUGUCAUUGCCUUCCAUGAUCGUUGUUAUAAUUGUCAUUGCCUUCCAUGAUCGUUGUUAUAAUUCACUUGAAAAACUGAAAAUACCACUUAAGAAGUUCAUUUAAAAUAGUGGCUCUCAACCUGUGUGUCGCCACCCCUUUGGGGGUCGAAUGGCCCUUUCAGAGGGGUGGCCUAAGACCAUCGGAAAACACAUAUACCCAACAGUUAUGAAGCAUCAACGAUAAAAAAAAAAAUUUUGGUUAAGGGUCGCCACAACAUGAGGCACUGUGUUAAAGGGUUGCGGCAUUAGAAAGGUUGAGAACCACUGAUUUAAAAGAAAUAAAUCAAAUAAAUUUAUUUGUUCAGUUAUAUAAAUUAGUAAUUCAGUUGGUUAAAUUAGCAAAUCAGUUGGUUAAAUUAGUAAAUCAGUUGGUUAAAUUAGCAAAUCAGUUGGUUAAAUUAGCAAAUCAGUUGGUUAAAUUAGCAAAUCAGUUGGUUAAAUCAGUAAAUCAGUUGGUUAAAUUAGUAAUUCGGUGGGUUAAGUUAUGUAUUCCGUUGGUUAAAUUGUUAAUUAAUUUGUUCUUGCCUCCAGGCAUCUACGAUGAGAAAGAUUGCAGCAGUUCAGAAUUGGAUCAUGGAGUUUUGGCUGUUGGAUACGGAGCUCAGAACAAAGCAGAUUAUUGGAUUAUCAAGAACAGGUCAGUUUUUUAUGGCUGCUGGUCAUGUGUUAUUAUUUUAUUGGUCCUUUGUGAUUAUUUCAUUGGUCCUCUGUGAUUAUUUUGUUGGUCCUGUGUGAUUAUUUUGCUUAUGCUUUGUGAUUUUUUUGUUGGUCCUGUGUGAUUAUUUUGUUGGUCCUAUGUGAUUACUUUGUCAGACUUGUGUGAAUGUCUUCAUAAGCCUUCAAUCAUGCAUGUCACUAUGUCUAUCAACAGCUGGGGUAGCACUUGGGGAAUGGAAGGCUACAUACUGAUGCUAAGGAAUGCCAAGAACCAAUGUGGCACUGCAACUUUAGCCAGCUUUCCUGUGACUGCCUCACCUUGAAGACGUCAUUAUUUAGUUAGUUUUCAUAUAAACGAGUGGAUCUUCCUUUCCCUUUCAAAAAUAUGUUGUACCUAGAGAUUUAGCUAUAAUGCCAAAUAAAGUCAAUAGAAAAAAUCCCCC